UACUUUUAUCAGUUGCUAAUUAAUUUGUAUGCUAAUACUUUCUAUUUUAAAAUCCGUUAAAUUGCAACAACUCAUCAUCAUUUAUUUUUAAAACAUCUUGAAGUUUUGAUCAGCAUCAAUUGAGUAAUCACAGUGUAAAAAGAAUUAAUUUUACGGGAAUAACGGUUUUAUUUGAAAAAAAAAAAUUUCUACAUGAUUUUUUUUACUCAACAUGUUGCUUUUUUGCAUUGAAGGUAAUAAUAAAACUAAAAUCUAAUAUUUCAUAACCUUGAUUAGUAGUAUUCUAUGUGUGAAGUGUGAUAAAACAAGAAUAAAGAAGAAGAAAAAUGUCAGAUAAAGCAUCAGGUUUAAGACUGCCGUCUAAAAUCGGCCGGCCUUGCUGUACAGUUCCACCGAAACCAGCAGUACCACCGUCAUCACCAAAACCAUUAAUGAAUUCCAUGGAGCCUAUUUACGAGAAUCCAAUUCGCAGACCUGGAUCUACAUAUCGUCAUGACGAUACUAGUGUCGUACUAACGGAGGAUACAGACAGUUUUAUUAUUGGAGAUCGAGUAUGGGUUGGCGGAACAAAACCAGGAUCUAUCGCUUACAUUGGCGAAACUCAGUUUGCCCCUGGAGAUUGGGCUGGAGUAGUCCUGGAUGAACCAAUCGGAAAAAAUGAUGGUUCAGUAGCAGGCUCUCGUUACUUUCAGUGUGCUCCAAAGCAUGGAAUUUUCUCUCGCCUUACUCGUCUUACUCGUCAACCACUUCUCGAUGUUCAAUUUCAAUCACCGAAUGGUGCAAAAAGUCCCAUUAGCCCUGAAGGACGCCUCAAUAAAUCUCUAUCUCCUUCAUUAAAUGCUUCAACAACGAGUCUUUCUUCUUCGGCCAUUCAUCGAGAUAUCAAGAUUGGAGAUCGUGUUAUUGUUUCCUCAAGCCAAGGAAGUAAAACUGGCAUCCUCAGGUUUAUGGGUGAAACUGAAUUUGCAGCUGGAGAAUGGUGUGGAGUUGAAUUAGAUGAUCCUGUUGGUAAAAAUGAUGGAUCGGUUGCUGGCAAAAGGUACUUUGAAUGUAGACCAAAGCAUGGUCUGUUUGCUCCGGUACAUAAAGUGUCCCGUUCACCAUCAAGUAAAAGACCAUCAAUAUGCGUGGUUCACAAGCCAUCUGGAGCAGCAUUAAAUUCAUCAAUCCGUAAAACAGGAUCAAGAGAAUCUUUAGCUUCAUUAUCAAGCAUGGCAAGUACUGCAACAAGUAUAGCUACCAAAGGAACAUCAUCCACUGCAAGGAAAACAGGCUUACGUACUACAACGCCCACUCGUUCAAGCUCAUUACAGGAGAUGUUAAAAGAAAAACAGCAAGAAAUAGAAAUGUUAAGAAAAGAAAGAGAUCUUGAACGAGAAAGAGUAACUAAAGCUGCUACUCAAGCAGAUCAAGCAGAGCAGAAAAUUGCUAAGCUUCAAAAGGAAUAUGAUAAGUAUCGAGAAGAAAUGGAAAAAACCGUCCUUGAAGCUCAAUCAGCUUUAGAAAAACUCUUAGAAGAAAAAAAUCAAUUAACAACACAGUUAGAUGAAGAGAAACAGAAAACUGAAGAUUUACAAUUUCGAUUUGAGGAGGAAUCUUUUACCAAGGAGGAUAUUCAGAAAGAGAGAACCGAGCAAAGUGUCAUUAACACAUUAAAUGAAAAUAAAAUCAAGGAACUAGAGAAGGAAUUAUCAGAAGAACGUGAACGAGUAAUUCAACUCGAACGAGAUAGCACUAGAUUAUUUGAAUUGGAAGAAGAAUUAACGAAAUUAAAAAACGAAAAAACUGAAUUUUUAGAAUUACAAAAUCGUAAUUGGUGUCUUGAAGAAGCCAAAAUAACUUUAGAAAAACAAAUUCUUGAACGCAAUGAUCUUUUAGAAGAGUACAAAAAUCAAAUUAAAGCUUUGGAAGAAAAAAUAACUUUUAAAGAACAUGAAAGUGUGACUUCUAAAAAUCAAGAAUCGGAUCUGAAAAAAGAUUACGAAGAAUUAAAAAAAAAUCUAGAUGAGAAAACAUUAUUAGUAGAUAAAAUUGUUAAAGAACGGGAUGAAGAUGCUGAAAUGAUGAAAAAAGAGACAGAAAGAUUGAAAGAAAUGAUGGAUAAAAUUAUUCAAGAAAAUGAAAAAGAAAAAGAAUCAAUAAUGACGAAUUAUCAAAAAAUAAUUGAAGAAAAAAAUUCAAUAAUUCAAGAAAAAAUAAAAGAACUUGAAAUAGAAACAAUGAAGCAUACGGAGUCACAGAAGACAAUAUUAGCGCAAUUAAAAACAACAAAUGAAGCUCAAAUUAGUGAACUUUCAUCAAAAUUACAGUUACAACUGGGAGAAAAAGAUAAAAAAAUUCAAGAACUGAGUCAUAAAUUGGAAGAGAAUUCACUGGAAAUAGAAAAUCUUUUAAAAAAAAUUGCAAAUCAAGAAAACGCAUCUUUGAGUAAAGAUGACGCGUUACAAAAAGCUAUAGAACAGAUAGAAGAAUUGAACAAAGAACUUAAGCUCGCUGAAGAAAUGAAUGAAGAACUAAAAAGGCAAAUUGAUACCUUAAAAAGUCUUAGUAAUAAAGAAACAGCAUCAAUUUUAGAAGAAAAGCUUAAACUUCAAGAAUCGCUUACAUCGCUUCAAAAUAGUUCAGAAAGUUUCGCUGCUCAGUUAGAAAAGCUCAAAACUGAUUUAAAGAUGAAAGAAACUGAAUUAGUUGAGCUUCAAAAUACCAUGGAUGCAGAAAUCAAAGGCCUUAUUGAAAGCUUCGAAAGUAAAUUAGAAGAAAAAAGUCGAUCGAUUUUAGAAAUUAAUGCUGAUAUUUCUGCUAAAUCUACCCGUAUAAGUAAUUUAGAACAAGAAGUAGUAGAAUUGAAAGCUUUGUUGGCAACUAAAGAUGAAGAAAUAAAUAGUUUGCUGGAGAAAACUUCAGAACUGAAGGAUGGAAUCACUUUAUCUGAGCAAACAAAGACAAAUCUUGAGAGUGAACUCAGAAUGUACGAAGUCAACAUUGCAGAAUUAAAUCAAAAGAUAACUCAUGCGGAAGAAAAAAUUGGGCAACUAACAGAACAAAAAACAAAACUAGAAACAGAAAUAGCAAGUGUGAUAAGUACAUCAACAGAUUCAUCAGAACAGUUACUUAAAUAUAACGAAGAUUUGAGAUUAAAAGAAAAAGAAAUAGAUUCACUUCGAGAACGGGUUUAUGAAUUGGAAAAUUCAAUAACAUCAUCAGAAGCAAAACUGAACUGUGCUGAAGAAGAUUUAAAAGCUGUGAAUCUGUUGGUAGAGCAAUUAAGAUCAGAAUCUGGAGAUUUACGAGAUCAAUUAGACGUUCAAACGAAGUGUAAAGAAGAAUUAACAGCGGAAAUAAAUUCUCUAAAAGUGAAAGAACAAGAGUUGAUUGAAAUCAAUAAAACAGCAGAGCUUCUAUCUGAACAAAUAAAAAAUAAAGAUCAAACUAUUGAUGAUUUAGUGAAAAAGCUGAAGACUGCUGAAGAUAAUUUGUCGAGUAUCAAUGAAAAAUAUUCUUCAUUAACGAGUUCUAGUGAAGAAAAAGUCAGUACACUUCAGAAUCACGCUGAUAAGGUAGAACAAAAGCUCAAUGAUCUUUAUGAAGAAAUGAAAGUAUUAAAAGAAAAUCAUGAAAAAUUAUUAAAUGAAAAACUAUCUAGUGAAAAAUCUAUAGAACAGCUGAACCAGCGAUUGUUUUCUGCUGAAGAAGAAAAACAAAAAUUAGAAAUAUUAAACAUAGAAAAUAAGAGCCAUAUAACGAGCUUAGAAGUUAAAAUUGAAGAAAUUAGAAAAGAGAAAGAAGAAAAAAAUGUAGAAAUCCAAAAUAUAACUGAUAAAUACAAUGAAAGUCUUGCCCAACUUGCAGCUUCAAAUUCAAGCCUUGAAAGUAAUAAGUCUGAAGCUUCUAUAGAACUUUCUGCAGCUAGAGAACAGCUUAUUCAUUCAGAAGCAGCUAAGAGACAGUUAAUAAAUGAUUUUGAACAUAAGCUAAAAAAUCUACAAGAAGAAGUAAAACAAUCAGAAAUUGAGAAAAAUAAUUAUGAAAAGAAAAUCGAAGAGUUUAAAACUCAAUGUGAAAUCUCAAAAAAGAAGCAAGAAGAAAUGGAAUUAGAAUUGACUAAUCUUCAAAAAGAACACAUUCAGAACCAAGAACAAUUAAGCAAGAGUAUGAUGGAGGCCAAAAAAUUAGAGGAAUACAGAAUACUAGCCCAAUCUUCACAUGAAGCAUCGAUAGAGAAGAUUAAAGAACUAGAAAAUGAGAUAAAAAUCAACGAGGAAAGAUUGACAGAAAGAUUAGCUACUAUGAAUGCUCGUGAGUCAGAUAUUAAUAAUGAACUCACGGCAUUAAGAGGUGAAUUAAGUAAAAGCAAUGAUAUCAUCAAUACUAUUAAUCAGAUGAUCGAAUCAAUGAAAAAAGAAAAAGAGAUAUUAAUGAAUGAAAAAGCAGCCAGAGAAGAACAAUUAGCAGAAGUUGUAAAUGAAAAUAAAAAUUUACACGCUAUUAAAACAUCUUUAGAAAAAUAUAUUAAAGAAGCUGAAGAAAGAAUAGCAGAAUUGUUAGGCUCCGUUAAAAAAAAUGAAGAAAAAGUUGAAAAAGACAGACAGAUACUUGAAGAAGAACUUAAUAAAAUGAAAAAAGAAUCGUGGUUAUUACAAGAGAACCAAAAUCAGUUGGAAAAAGAAAAUAAACAAUUGACAGCUAAAUUGAAUCAAGCAUUAGAAGAAUCAAAAACGUUGAUAGAGAACAACAAAAAUACUAAUGAAAUCAACUCAAAAAUUCCUAAGAUUGUGAGUGAUAAUUCUAAUAAUCAAGUAAACUCUGGAGAUGAAUCUGAAUUUGCUAAAAUGAUAGAAGAUAAUGAGAUGUUAAAAAGCCAAGUGAACUUUUUAAACUCAGUGAUUGUUGAUAUGCAACAAAAAAAUGAGAAAUUAUUAUGUAAAAUUGAGGUAUUAGAAAUGGGAGUGCCAGCUAAUGAAGCUGACGAUUAUAGCAGAAAUACUAUAGAAAAAAAGGCUGCUCCACCAAGAAUGUUCUGUGAUAUUUGUGAUCAAUUUGAUCUUCAUGAAACUGAGGAUUGUCCUAAACAAGCUCAAGAUUUGGAAGAUGAAAAACCUUUAAAAAAAUCUAAAAAGCCUCCUGUCGACAGACCUUAUUGUGAAAAUUGUGAAAUGUUUGGACAUGAUACUGCAGACUGUGACGACGCUGAAACAUUUUAACCGAAGAUAAAAUUCUUUCAAUUUUUUGAUUUCAAUUAUAAGAUAUAUAAGAAAAAUAGUUUGUUAAAUGUUCAAAGUAUAUUUUUGUACAGGAAAUUCGAAAAAUUAUCCUUACUACACAAGUCUUCCUUUGUAGUUGAAAUUUACAUAGAUAAUUUACAGUCAGAAAGGAAUGGAAUUUCUUCAAAUACUAAUUCUUUGUUCUUCUUUCGAAAAAUUACUUCUUGACAUUAAAGCGUAGAUCGCUACAUUUUUUUUUAUUAAGCCUGAUAUUAUUGCCUUCAAAAAAUUAUCAUAUUUAACUCAAUAUUGCAAAUAUAGUAAAGAACUGAUAUAUUUAUAUAUAUAUUGAUAUAUAAAUAUAUAUAUAUAAUUGCAAAUAUCAGCUUGCCUAAAGGUUAUAAUGACCAGAAUGAUAUAUUUAAUAUUUAUUACAAUUUAAAUGUACAUAGGAAAUCAAUUAGAAUUGUUUUUUAUUAUUACACAUAAUUAGUUAAAUCUGCUCAAAAUGGCUCGAAAAAGCACAAAAUACAUUUUUGCCAAUAAAUUAUUCGAUGCAAUGAGA